AUGGCAGGUUCUAACGGACGAGAACUGGCACCGUUUCCAGAUGCUGACCAGUCCAUUGAACAACAUGAUAAGCUGGGGAGCACACCGCAGUCGCCCUCGCGCAAGAAGUGCGACGGUGGCAUACCUUGCGCCUCGUGCCUCUCCCGCAAUACCGAGUGUACGAAGGAUGAGAACGAUGACGGCCGGCGCAAACUUGUGGUGAAGCGUAGGAUAGAAACACUAGAAAAAGACCAGCAUUUUCUGGAUGAUCUGCUCAAGGCACUCCGGGUCCUCGGACCUGACCAGUUGAAUGACCUUGUCAGCAUGAUACGCACCAACGCCGGACGACAAGAAAUCAAGACUUUCCUGAAAGACGCUUUUACCGACCCUGGAGCCGUUGAUGAACAAAGCCGCCAGCACGAAUACCGAAGACAUCGUUAUAUGCUAGGUCGGAUACAAGACAUGAUAAACCCUCCGUUGCAGCUCCCCGCAAAGCCCUGGACGACUGUUACAGACGACGAUGACCUCGUCUCGCACCUCAUGUCACUUUGGUUUACAUGGGCGCAUCCUUGGUGGCAUUGGGUGGAUGAGAAGCAAUUCAUCAAGGCGAUGCAAGCUGGCGACACUUCUAGCUUGAUCUGCACUCCCUACUUGGUGAACAUGAUACUGGCAGACGCAUGCUUACUGGAUACACUGGGCGAAGACGGCGAAGAGCCUAACCUGGAGCUGCGGCAGCAGUUCUACAAUGAGGCCAAGAAGGGGCUCGAUGCUGAAGAAGGUCAUAUUUCUCUUGCAUACUUGGCGGCGCUGGGCGUUCAGUGGACAUACCUUAACACAAACGGUCAAGACCAGCUAGGCAAUGCAAUACUCUACCAGCAAGUCUUCCUGACGAAAAGCCUGGGAAAGUGGCGGGCAAAGGUCGCGAAGGACCCCAAGAUGACAGCACAGCAACUGAAUGCGAUUGACCUCUCCAGUGGGCGACUUGAAUGGACGUUAUACUGCCUCGGCUUGUUCGUCGGCCUGGCUCUGGAGGAAGUCCGACUGUUCGACAAACCACCCCGUCGGAUACCAGUGGGCAACCCAGAGACGGGAAGCACCUGUGAUGAGCACGCGGAAUGGAAGCCAUACCCACUUUCGCAUACAUCUGUGGACUGGCACCCUAAUUGCCACUAUCUCGCCUACAUAGCGCUUGCGGAGGUGAUUACUGAGGACGAGGCAUUGUACGAGGAGUACAGAAGGUCUGACCCGCAAAAGAUGGCGCACAAGUUCCAACGACUCUUCACAAAGGUGAAGGCUUGGGGGGAAUCUAUUCCACCAUGCAUGAGGGACCAAGAUAGCUGCAUGCCGCAUGUUAUUGCCCUGCACACACUCCACAGCUGGGUCAUUAUAACAAUGGGCAAACAGACUGCCGCCCUAGAAGGCGGCACAGACAAGCCGUCACUAGUUUCAACGCCCCCCUCUUUCGAGAGUGACCGCUGGAAACACGUCUGCAGAACCGAAGCCGUCCGCAUCAGCGAGCAUCUGGACCGAAUGCGCCAGAGCUGGGGUGCCGACCAUUUCCCCGUCAUAAUCAUUCAGCCCGCCACGGUCGCAGCCUUUGUGCUGCUCGAAGACCUCGACCGCCCUGACUGUCAGGCCGCCUUCUACAAGCUAUGUAUCGUGCUUCGCGCUGCGUGUCGGCGGUUCCGCGUGUGCAAGGGCGUUCUGCGCCUUUUGGCGAAGACGGCGAACGAAACCGGGGUUGCCGUCUCUGGCGGAUGUGCUGAAUUGCUUGCCGAUGUGGAUUAUUCCAACAUGAUGGAGUUGGAUGGCGUUAUGAGGAUCGAUGAUCUGGGUUUGGAUUAUUUGCUUGAGAAGUGGGAUGACUUGGAUCUUGAGGAGGCUUCUUGA